UCAUUUGGUUUAUGAGCACCUAUUCUUCAUAAUCAAUCAUAGCAGUUAGCAGCUUUUUACUAUGUAGUUUCCUUUCCUCUAAACUCAAAAGUUUCCUUUCCUAGUUAAUUAUAAUCAAUCCUUGGAUACAUCAAAGCCAAAUCUCCCAUAAUGGAAGAAACUGCUACCUAUUCCAAAUCAGAUGCUAAUGAAGAGUAUUCUGUUGUUGACUUGAGCCAAAUCUCUCUUCGACCCAUUAGUCUUUCUGAUCUUGAUGAUGUUAUGUUGUGGACUAGUGAUGCAAAAGUGGCCAAGUAUUGCACUUGGGAACCUUAUACAAAUAAAGAAAAAGGCAUUGACUUCAUCCAAAACAUAGCAAGCAAAUCUCUAUGGUUCAGAGCAAUUUGCCUUCGCGAUCAAGCAAUUGGGUGUACCGAGUUCCAGGUGUGUUCGGAUAGAUGCCGGGACAAAUCUGCUCAACUUGGCUAUUCUUUGAGCUCCAUGUAUUGGGGCAAAGGGAUUGCCACUAUGGUUGUAAAAAAAGUGGUUGAUGCUGCAUUUAAGGAGUUUCCAUACUUGGAGAGGCUUGAGGCUCGAGUUGAUGUGGAAAAUGUGGCUUCUCAAAGGGUGUUGGAGAAGGCUGGUUUUGAAAGGGAAGGUGUUCUCAGAAAAUAUCUGUUCUUUAAGGGAAAAAGUAUAGAUGUUGUUAUGUUCAGUAUUCUCUCAAGUGAAGUUAAACUUUGAUCUCUUUGUUUUCAAGGAUGUCAACUACUGUGAUGUGCAAUUCAAAAUGUUAAAUUUAUAUUUGAUUUAAACAUCUUCAGUACUAGUGUGGUAAAAUAUCAGUGCUAUUGCAUAGCAGAAUUCGAACAAAUAGUUCUUAUUUUGCAAUACGGCGCUAUUAGAAUGUAACAAAGCCGAAUUCGAGCAAACUAUUAUGUUCAAUAUAGAGUUCUGCAAAGAACAAAUAUGCAAGUAUAUAAAACAAUGAAAAGAGAAGAGCAAAGUGAAAUUUCCUUCCCUUACCUCCUCUUUUCAAAUAAA